CUUCUGACAGCCCAGGGGUUGAGUUGGUGGCAUGGGGUACACAUUAGCCGGUGCUCCUCGCUACAAACGAGUGUUUGUGCUCACGUUGUUUUUCCUGUCGUGAUUGCUCAUAGCCUAACUUGUUGCUGUGGCAUUCAAAUUAUUGCGGGCUGAAGCGUUUGUGAGGUAGGUUAAUUGAUUUUAUUAUCAUGCAUCGUUAGUAUUUUAGACCCAUAAGCUUGGGUCAAACUGUGUUUUUAUUAUUUUAGCUUUCGCUACAGAGAUUUCCUUGCGUCAUUACUGGUUCAGAGUAAGACUAAAUACGCAGCAUCCAAUCACUCAGUAUGUGUGUAUAUAAAACAUAUGGAUGUUUGUAAUACUCUGUGUCAGUACAGUAGUCUUAGUAAUAAUUGGUUUGUACUCAAUGUUUAUAGGGUGGGCAGUGGCCAGCGUUUAGGGCAACUCCACGCUAUCCCAGGCUGCUGUUUUGUUGGGGUUGGAUUGUAGCCCCAUUUUGUUUGCUGCCUUUCAUUGAUGUGGAUGGGUUGUAUUGCCCCUUGAGUUCUACUGAUGCCAGAAGACUGUCAGUCACGCAUGUUUUGAUUUAAUGGCUGUAUGAGAUUGUGUGUAAUAACGUUUAUGUUCUUUUUUUUGUUUGUUUUGUUUGUUUGGUGUAUUGGUGUGUGUGUGUGUUUGUGGUUGAUUGACAGUCGUUCACCCUAUUUUUUUAAUAAGGGUGUCUACACCCUACAGCGGGCUGGAGUGUCUUUGCAAGCAGCUUCGCCAUAGUUAAGCUAAGUAGUUUGUACUGUGCCAGUUGAUUUUGUAUUGACAUUGUAUGCACUGUGUUAAAUCCUGUGUCUUAAGCUCUUUUUCUCUUUUAUAUUUUUUUGGGCAGGUGUGGUUGGGCCUAGGCAACCGGCAAGCAGAUCUUGUGGUGGUGGAUUCCUUUUCACUUUUCUUGCUGUGCCGCAUGACGGGUGUUUAUUUUAUUUUUGUGUUUGUUAUUUCUUUUGCGGGUGGUGUGUAUUCCGGGAUUCCUCCUUCUUUCGCUCUGAUUGCCGUGGUAAGCCUUAGCCCUGCCCCCAGUUACCUUCUAACCUUUGCACAGGCUUUCGAUAAGCAGUGUAGCUACCUCUUUUGUAUGUAGGUGGAUGUUGCAGCCGCCCUGAGUAAUGUUCUUUUUCUUUUUUUUUUUGUAUUGUAUUUGGUAAAGGGGUAGAGAACCCCAAUUGUGUCUGUGUGGAUUACCACAGUCUCCUAAGAUUUUAAGUUUGUGUUUGAAUUUAAAAACUGAUUGAAAAUAAUUAAUAAAUUAGUUUUUGUGGAACUCGCGUCUCUUCCUUGAAGUGUGAACGAACCUGGGUGUCUAUUGAAGUUAAAAAAAAAAGGGGGUUAGUAGUUGGCCUGAGGUGAACCUCCCUCAGGUGGCAUAGUCGAUUACAAAUUACCGGGCCUCUGCUACAUAUGGAAGGUUUAAGAUGGUCUAGAACGAAAAGGAUAUAUGUGAAUGCUAGAUUUUUUACAAGUCCAGUACUGAAUCACUGGGGUUUCGGUUUUUUUGGACCUGAACCGAAACGUUUUUACAAGUGCAGAACCGGUCCGGCGUACCGGUACACAUCCCUAGCAUGAAGCAUAACCAUAAAGUCAGUGUAAUGUCUCUAAACCACACUUUUUCCCUUUGUACAAAGCAACAAUCAUGAUGUCGAUUGACCAUGUGUCUUCAAACCAUAGCUGAUCCAAAAGGCCAUAAAUGGAUGGAAAAUCAGUAAGAUCAGCCGAUUUUCACAGAAUCUGCCAAAACCAAACCAGAAGAUCCCAAAACAUAGGUCAUAGUCUCAGAACAGGCCUAGUUAAUUCCUGACAAUCCAGAGCCAAGGCCAGGGAGCAGACGAACAGGCUAAACCGACUGUCUGCUAGCUGCACAGAGUCAUCACUCAGGGUCCACUACAUCGAGACUGUGUCUGUUCCCCAAGCUCAACAAAAAGGUAGAAAUUUUCAGAUAGUUUGCUCCAGUAACCUAAUCAAUAUAAAAUUAGAUCAUACUGACUGUACAGUUGCUGCUAGCACCUUUGAUCUAAAGGUGGGGCUAUUAAAUAUUAGAUCUCUUACAUCUAAAGCGCUAAUGGUUAAUGAACUCAUUACUGAUCAGGAGUUUAAUGUACUUUGUUUAACUGAAACAUGGAUUAAGCCGGCAGCACGGUGGUGUAGUGGUUAGCACUGUCACCUCACAGCAAGAAAGUCUGGGUUCAAGCCCCGUGGCCGGCGAGGGCCUUUCUGUGUGGAGUUUGCAUGUUCUCCCCGUGUCCGCGUGGGUUUCCUCCGGGCGCUCCGGUUUCCCCCACAGUCCAAAGACAUGCAGGUUAGGUUAACUGGUGACUCUAAAUUGACCAUAGGUGUGAAUGUGAGUGCGAAUGGUUGUCUGUGUCUAUGUGUCAGCCCUGUGAUGACCUGGUGCCUUGUCCAGGGUGUACCCCGCCUUUCGCCCGUAGUUAGCUGGGAUAGGCUCCAGCUUGCCUGCGACCCUGUAGAACAGGAUAAAGCGGCUAGAGAUAAUGAGAUGAGAUGGAUUAAGCCAAAUGAAUAUAUAACAUUAAAUGAAGCGAGUCCUCCUGGAUACAGUUAUAUACACCAGCCUCGUCAAACUGGCAGAGGAGGAGGCGUUGCGGUUAUUUAUAAUGAUUAUCUAGGUGUAACACAAAAACCUGGUUGUAAAUUUAAUACAUUUGAAGUUCUUCAUACUCAUAUAAUGUAUGUCGCCUCGAAAAAUAAGUCUACCCAGUUAAUUCCAUUGCUUAUUAUUUACAGGCCCCCGGGGCCAUAUUCUGAGUUUCUUUCUGAAUUUGCAGAUUUUAUCUCAGAUCUGGUUAUUUCCUUAGACAAAGCUUUAGUUGUCGGAGAUUUUAAUAUUCACUUCGAUAACCCAGAAGACCCUUUAAAAACAGCGUUUGUGUCCAUUUUAGAUUCAGGAGGGAUUAAUCAGAAUGUCAUAGGACUGACCCAUAAUGGUGGUCACACCCUCGAUCUAAUACUAACAUUCAGGUUAAACGUAGACAAUGUAGUCAUACUUCCACAGUCUGAAGUUAUCUCAGAUCAUUAUCUCAUCUCAUUCAAACUAUGUCUGAGUAAUAAUAUAUGCACCUCACUACGCUACUGUAUUAAACGUACAUUCACGUCAACUACUGCACAGAGCUUUAUAAAUGAUCUCCCAGAGUUAUCAGCUUUGAUUGGGUCACUGUCAGCCCCUGCAGAACUUGAUCAGGCAACUGAAUGCUUAGAGUCAACAUUCCGCCAUACCUUAGAUAAUGUAGCUCCUCUACAAUAGCUACCAUUACUAUUCAACCUUUAUAUGCUCCCACUUGGGCAAAUUAUCAAGAACAAUUCAAUUUUAUAUCACUGCUAUGCAGAUGAUACCCAAAUUUAUCUUGCUCUAUCACCUAAUAAUUAUGCCCCCCUUGAAUGUCUCUACCAGUGUAUCGAUCAAAUCAACAACUGGAUGUCACAAACUUUUCUUCAGCUGAACACAGAUAAAACAGUAGUAAUUCUAUUUGGAAAAAAAGAUGAAAGACUCAGGAUUACCACUAUUCUUGACACAAAGGGGAUUAAAACAAAAGAAAUGGUUAAAAAUCUUGGUGUUUUCAUUGACAGCGAGCUAAACUUUGAGAGGCAUAUGAAAGCAAUCACUAAAAUGGCAUUUUAUCACCUAAAAAACAUUUCCAAACUAAGAGGACUUAUGUCAAAAAAUGAUCUGGAAAAACUUAUACAUGCCUUCAUCUCUAGUAGGGUUGAUUACUGCAAUGGCCUUUUCACAGGCCUGCCAAAAAAAACCCGUCAAACGACUUCAGCUGUUUCAAAAUGCAGCAGCUAGGGUUCUCACACGAACAAAAAGAACAGAACACAUUACUCCAAUUCUAAGGUCCCUUCACUGGCUUCCAGUAAGCUACAGAAUUGACUUUAAAGCGUUGCUGCUGGUGUACAAAUCUCUAAAUGGUACAGGGCCCAAUUACCUCUCUGAUAUGUUGCAGCAGCCUAACCCAAUCAGAUCUACCAGAUCGCAGCAGAAAAAUUUACUGUUAAAACCUGUUGUUAAAACAAAGUGUGGUGAAGCAGCUUUUAGCUACUAUGCAGUACAGCUAUGGAACCAACUGCCAGA